AUGGCUGUCAAGGGCAUCCAUGCAUGUUAUAAUACGUGCCUCCAAGUUUACAUCUUUGCUGCAGUGCAACAGCAGAACCGCCAAAUUUGCUCUGAGGAAACAUCAAUACCUCAGGCAGUCCACCCGCCUACCGGUUCACCAUCGAGCCCCCUACGAACCCAAUGUCGACAACAAAGUCGCGACAGUUUGUUUGAUGACGAUGAAACAUUCGAGUUGUCAUGGGAAAGCCAUCUUAUGGAUAUCCUACCACCGGAAGAACUUCUUGCCUCCUAUAGUAAUGAGCAGAAUACACCAGGCGCGGUGAUCAACACUCUGGAAUCUGGAUCGAACCAAGGAGCCGAAAGACAUGAAGCUCAAACUGCUUCAGGGUCUGUGGGAGAUAUAAAUCCCGUACCUGAUAGUCCAGCAGGGUUUCAUCAUGAGUCGGAUUGUCGGAAAAGGCAUUUUUAUGAUGAUGACAUAAGGUCGGUUCAUUCUGCCUUCGAAAACUAUACACAUCCUUCGAAGAAACAGCAUGUUGGGCAAACCUCCCCGCAACUUAGCCUAUCAAGUUGUGAUUCUGAAAAUUCGCAGCGUGUUGGGCACCCUCUAGAAACUACGAUUAACGCUUCCCGCUCAUCAAUCUGCUCCUCUUUGACGUCUUUCUCCCGGGAUUCGCACGAUACUCACAAUACUGAUAGAAGACAUCCUUCUUUAAAUAGUUUGGACAAUCCCUGUUCUGAAAAAGAGUUGUCUGCUGAUUCUCUGAUCGAUGGCACUUCUCCUAUCGCUGCUGCAAUAAUUGAGCAUAUCUCGGAAACCACUACUCCUCAACGCCCAGAGGAAUCAUACCAAGCACAGGAUGUAUCAGAGUCUAUCCAAUUUGUUGAAAACUAUAUCACCAAAAAUUUCCGUCUCAGGAAGGAGGAUAUACUUGCCACCCAACAUCGCGAAGUUUUUCGUCAUGUCCCAAAGCCCGAGGUGUAUAUAUCUCCCUACCCCAAGUACCGUGGGCCAUUAGGAUAUUUUCCUUCUGCACCGGCAACACAUGCUAGGUGUAUUGAGGUUGCGCCCGAUGAUGUGGCAGUACGAUUGGAGGAAUACCGUCGAAAUCUCCAAAAAGUUAGAUCCGAACGAAGCAGAUACAGAACUGUGUGGGCUGAAUGGAAAACCGUCGACCCUACAACUGGGAAGAGUAAGGAGCAGAUGUUGAAAGAAGAGCCAUUCCGCCUAAAGCGUGCCCUAUUGGCCCAAGAAAGGAAAGCCGAAGAGUUUAGGAAGCAAGCUGAGGAUUGGCGUGGCCAAUACAACAACCUUGCCAUCGCAUACAAUGGACUUGUCCAGCAUUUGCACAUGGUCCAAUCCGCCCAGAUCCUUCGUCACCCGGCACAUCUUCCUCCUGGGCAUCCAACACCAGUACCAUCACCACAGCCGGAACUUGUUACUGUAGACUCGUCCAUUAACUUACCAACCGAUCCGCCGAGAGCAGCCCGGAAUACACCUCACUCGCAUCCCAUUACUAUUGAUUUGACUGACGACGAGCCCACGAACCACAAUACCAAGGACUUAUCCUCCGUUUCAUUCCUUGCGGAGGAACAUUCUAGCAAACAUGCCGCAGAAGAGCUUCGAACUGCCAUGUGUCGCAAAGAAUAUCAAUGGCUCGGUAAAAAUAACCGGCCACAAAGACGUUUGCUGCCAGCAAUUCCGUCUCUACAAGGAGAAUUACCACAAAAAUCGACAUACUCCACCAGCGGAGCUCCAUCCGUCACUACACAAGGCGACUCUGCCACAUCAGCCUCCGCUACAAGCUCAGAAGCUAUGAUGGAGGGACGGCCACACGACUCUAAUGAUAAUAUUGAUGAAUUGGCUCGAGCUUUAGAAGAAGAACUAGAGCGAGGCACAUCAAUUCCAUGCUAA